CUUCACAAAGGAUGACCUCACCACAUACACACUUCCGUGUCUCGGCAUCAUCAUAGUCAUCACAGAUUGGGGUCAAUCAUCGCAAUGAGGAACUGAGGGUUCUGGUGCAGCCACAGCGCCGCCCUCCACAUGCCCACCGACACCGCCAGUAUGCCGCACCACAACACCCCGUCGUUCCCCCAUAUCGGCAGCUCAGACCCCUUUUCCCCCAAGUACAGACACAGAAAGGUGAUGGCAGUGUUCUUCAGACUCUCGAUGCCGUAGAACGACCCUGCUCACACACGGAGGGAGACACGCAAAUUCUGUGUGCUAUGUAUGUGUCUCCCUGUUUGUCAUCUGUCAUCCCAGUACCAGUGAGGAUGCCCAUGAGCAGAGAGGCGACCAUGCCCCCCUGCCACCUCAUAUAUCGCGUCUUGGCGCGCCAGGACACCCUCCCGAACGGCUCCCCCUCCCUGCCACCGCCGUCGUCAACCAGAGAGAAGUGCCGGCUGCAGAGGAUCAGCAUGCCCAGGUAAUACCGAUGCGACCCGAGAACCAUAAGGCCUGUCCCUGCAAUCACGUGCACACAGGCAAGCAGAUGGAGAGACACGCAGACUCUGGGCUCACCGAAAGGGCUUAAAAGGUCAUCCAGCGUUCGACAUGAUGCGGCCAGUGGUGCGGGCAGGGCCCGGUCGGUCAUGCUGCGGGCCACUCGAAGGAUGAUGUAGGUCAUGUUGAAGCAGAAGGCGAAGACGACUGUCCUUGCAAGGUCCUUUUCGCUCUCCCACCCUAUGCACCAGCACAGCCCGUAGCACCGCACGAAGGCGCCUGACCACCACCACCAACACACACACAGCCACACACAUGGCAUCCAUCACUCAAUGCCUCCAUCCCAUCCAUUGCUCCUCCUCCCCAGCCUACCAAGCACCCCGAAGAGUGUCCAUAUGGCGAGGAAUCCCAAUAACUGCGAGUCGAGGGCGACAGCCACCGGCACGAGCAUCAGCGUCAGAAAGCCAUUGAGCACCGGGCCGAGGUACUUGCUCUCCGCAUCAGGUGGGCUGUGCAGCUUCAGGGAGAAGAUGAAGGCCGGGAUGGCCAGCAUGCACCCCGUCAGCGCCACAUACACGGGCACCGUGGACGUGCUCACAUGGAACAGACGCAGUGCCGUCUCCUCGGUGCGACGCUCUGCCGUCUGCUCGUCGAGGGCCUCCUUGAUGCAGUGGCCAUGCACGAUGAAGAGAAGGCAGAUGUAGUAGGCCAGCAGCUCGAACAGGGGUCGGCUGAGUAAUAGCAGGGGGUACACCAGGUGCUGCCACACUGCUCGUGCCAGGGUCAGCAAGACCGUUGCCAGCGGGUGCAGCAGGUAGUAGACCACAGGCCCCAGUGAGCAGGCAAUCCCAAGGAUGGCCAGCGCCCACAUGACGUUGACGAACGAGAAGAGGCCCCUCACCCUCUCCCAUAUCAUCUUCUUGCCCGCUUCCUCCUCCUCGCCCCGCUUGAUGAGAUGGCCUAUCCCCCACAUCUCAUCGGCCGUCAGCCUGUCCCUGCUGCCCACCAGCUCUGUGGCACGCUCCAGCACCGGCUUGCAGCCGCCCCUGUCAUCCGACACACAAUCAGCGUCUUCGCCAUGCUCUCUGAGAUGCUCUGCCAGCUGCCCCAACUCAAAUGCCGUCGUUCGGUUGACGGACAGCAGCAAAGACUGCAACACGGCCUCCCUGCUUGGCUCUGCUGUUUCUUUCCCCUGGGGGUAGAAGGGCCUGGGUGAGAGGAGGUAGGGCAGAAAGGGGCGCUUGUUGACCACUGUCAGCCACACACCCACCAGAAAGACUGCGGAGUGGAGGGAGGGAGGGGACAGGCGGAAGGCAAGCGGGCAUGCAGGAUGCUGUUGUGUUGUGUGCUGUUGUGUGUGCUGUUUGCAUACGUGAGGGCACCACAAAGGGCCUGAGGAGCACCGGCAUCAGAGAAAAGACUCGAGGAUUAAAAGAUGGUCGACGUAAGUUGUUGCUCUCGAGGCUAG